AUCCCCUGAGGGGAGGGCCCGGCGGCAGCACGAGCUCGGGGCUAUCGCGACCGGCUCGCGGCGCUGUCGCGACAGGCGCGGGGGGGGGAGGGGGGCGGGGCGGGCUUAUGACGGAGCCGCCGGGGGAGCGCGAGGCACCGGGACCCCCCGCGCCCCCCCCCGCCAGCCCCGGGGCCGGGCAGGGCAGCAAGAUGCAGCGCUUGAGGCGCUCGCUGUCCCUCCGGACCCUGCUGCGCAGCAGGAGCGUGGAGAGCCUCUUCCAGCGGCCCCCCCCGUCCCCCCCCGGACCCCCCCCGGCCUCCCCCGGACCCCCCCAGCGCCCCCCGGCCCCGCUGCAGCCCCUGCGGACCCACGGCUUCCAGGAGCACGUCUUCAAGAAGCACUGCCCCUGCCGCCUGUGCCGGCAGCUGAUCGCAGGCAACUCGCGGCAGGGGCUGCGCUGCAGGAGCUGCAAGGCCGGCGUGCACCUCUGGUGCUCCCAGGAGAUCUCCCAGCAGUGGUGCCCCGGCAGGGCGGCCACCUCUUUCCGACGCAAUUUCAGCUCCCCCCUGCUGCUGCAGGAGCAGACAGCCCCCGUGCCCGGCUCGUGCCUUCCAGCCCCCAGCACGCAGGUGGACCCGGUAUACGAGGCGCUGAGGUUCGGCACCUCCCUGGCACACGGCGCCAGCUCCACGGAGCUGCCCCCCGGCGGCCAGGGUGAGAAGGAGGUGGCGGGGGAGGAAGCGAGCACCGCAGAGAGCCCGAGCAAUGGUGGCUGCCCGGGGGCCGACGCGGCGGGACGGGGCGCCCAUGUUCUCCUACGUGGCCCUCUACAAGUUCGUGCCGCAGGAGCACCACGACCUGGCGCUGCAGCCCGGGGACAGGAUCACGCUGGUGGACGACUCCAACGAGGAGUGGUGGAAGGGGAAGGUGGGCGACCGCCUGGGCUUCUUCCCGGCCAACUUCGUGCAGCGCGUCCGGCCCGGCGAGAGCGUCUGGCGGAGCUGCCGCGCGGUGCCGGGCAGCCGCGAGCGGGGGCACCUCAGCCUGAGGGAGAACCAGAUCUGCGUCGGCGUGGGCGGCAGCCGGGGCCUCGUCCGCGUCACCAGCGGGAGGAAGAGGGGGCUCGUCCCCGCCGAGGCGCUGACCGAGAUUUAGGGUCCGGAUCUCCGCCAGCCCCCCCCUCCCCCCGAGCCCCCCCCCCCAGCGGCGAUGUCCCCAGCCCCGGACCAGGGCAGCUCAGGGAGCCCCGUCCGGGUGGUUCCCGACCCCCCCCCCAGGGCCGGUCCCCAGCGUCCCCAUCCCCUGGGGACCGGCCGUGGGGGUGGCACUGCCCGGGGACACGGCCGCUGCGUGGCUGCUCCUCACCCCGCUGCUCCACAUCGCACACGCGUGUGCAACGCCAGCGUGCGCAGCACCAGCACGGGUGUGCAACCCCAGUGCGCGCACCAGAACCACGCACACGCAGACACCACUGACACCACCACCACCACCCCGUGCACCGUGCACGCUCCCGAGCCCCUCACGCCUGUCCCCGGGCGCUCACGCACGUGUGCAACACCGCUGGUGCACGGAGGCGGGGGGGGGGGGCUCUGCACACUCAGCUGCCCCCCCCCCCCCCCCCCAGCGAUGCCUGCGGGUGCCGGGGCAGCGCGUCCCCGUGCCCACCUCGCGGGGUGCUCGCGGCGCAGAGCCUGAAUUAAACGUUGCUGUCGCA